AUGACAUCCACCGUCCCCAAACACCACCGCAACGACACCGCAAACCAGAGGUCUCUAAAGGCCUCCAACUCAGCUUCCAGCACCUCGUCCAGUUCUCCGCAUUCUAGCUCACUGGGGCGCCAACAAGCUCACUUCGCUACCGACGCGGUCACUUCCUCUGGUUCCGGUCCUGCUCCUACUCCUGCUCCUGCUCCUGCUCCUGCUCCUGCUCCCACCGAGGAUACCCCCAUAGCCACAGCGAACCGUGGCCGGACGGAGCGGAACUAUCGCGCGACAGAAAAUGGAACAGUAGAUGAUUACGUGGGAGAUGCCUCACAGCAACCCACGCAGACACAGCACACGCAAAACCCGCAAAGGAAGCAGCCAACGCAGGCACGCGACCAUACAGAUGAUACACGGGGAUCCAACGAUGGAGGAGCUGGAGCCCGAGCACGAGGAGCUAUAGCACAUACAUACAAGCGGGUGGUGCAAAAAUACAGCAGUCUCGAAUUGGAUAAUAAGGGGAGUGUCGCGAGAGACCAUCUAGCACUUGAACGAACCUUUCUCGCUUGGCUUCGCACCUCCCUCGCCUUCGCCUCCAUCGGCAUCGCAGUCACCCAACUCUUCCGCCUCAACGGCACAAUCACAAAUGCAAACGCCCACCUCUUCCCCCCCGUCUCCUCACAGCAACAACAAAUUCAAGCAUCCACUCUCACCAAUCCUCUACUCUCACAGCAAUAUGUCCCCCUUCCCCCGGCUCCUCAGCCACUCCCCAUAGAACUCCUCACAGAGCAGGUCACGCCAAAACCCGCGAACCAACCACAACCCCAACCCCAACCGCAAUCGCAAUCGCAAUCUCAACCGCCAUCCCAGAACCCAACAAUCCUAACUUCCAACGAACUCCUCACCCAGAUAAAAAACGGCAGGCGACUCCGCAGCCUCGGCAAGCCCCUGGGCGCUACAUUCCUCUGCAUCGCCAUCAUCGUGCUACUGAUAGGGUUCCAUCGAUAUUUCGAGGGUCAGUAUUGGGUUAUUCGUGGCAAGUUUCCCGCGAGUAGGGGCAGCAUUGCGCUUGUGGCGUUUAUUGCGGGCUCGUUGAUGGUCAGUAGUCUUGUGGUUAUUUUGAUGAUUUCGCAGGAGACGGUGGAGAAGUGA